GAACUUGUGUCAAACUGAAGACAGCCUCAAACUUUCACCGACGAGACCCUCUUUGUUCUGUCUUGUUGGGUAAUAGAAGUGCUGCUGCCUACACGAAGAGCUAUGCAGAUAUUUUGCUUUUCCUCCUUAUUUCAAUUCUAAUUUCUAAGUGUUCCAAGAUAGUGUUGUUAGUUCAUCGCAGCUGAUGCAGCCUUGCUGCAUGGCUGUCGAGCAAACCAUCUCACCAUUUUGUGUUCAUAUUGUAAUAAGUUAGUUGCAGACGCUUUAGUAGCCCAGGGAAAACGAUGGUUGUCGCUAUUGGUGCUCCUCCCUUUGUUUUUCUACCUUCAUCACCGUUCGCUGCCUCGAGGAACUUAAAGAAGCAACGUAACACCAUCUUCAAUUUGAACAUUGGUCUUCAAAGUAGUCAUACCGAGCACAGGUGUAUCACUAUUAGCAACAUCAAAUGUUCUGCCUCCUCCUCCUCCACAUCCGCCAUUGUUUCAAAGGAGGAAGAACCAUUACCACUUGAGGUGAAUGAGAUUAAGACAAUGUGCAAAACUUGGGUAUGGAGAGGUUACAACAUAAAUUACUUGGUUUAUCAAGCGCGCAACGAGAACACUUGUCGCCCUUCCCUACUCCUAGUUCAUGGUUUUGGUGCCUCUAUCGCCCAUUGGCGCAGGAACAUUGCGACGCUCGCUCAAAACUACACAGUGUAUGCUAUUGACCUCCUUGGCUUUGGUGCUUCUGACAAGCCAUCAGGAUUUGAAUAUAACAUGGAAUCUUGGGCUCAGUUAAUAUUGGAUUUUGCGAAUCAAAUUAUUCAAAGACCAACUGUAUUGGUAGGGAACUCUGUUGGAAGCCUUGCUUGUGUAAUAGCUGCUGCAGAUCCUUCCCAAACAUCCAUUCAAGGACUUGUUUUGUUGAACUGUGCUGGAGGCAUGAAUAAUAAGGCAAUUGUCGAUGAUUGGAGGAUUAAGUUAUUAUUGCCCUUACUCUGGCUUGUUGACUUCUUAUUGAACCAAAGAUCAGUUGCUUCUGCAAUCUUUAAUCGGGUCAAACAAAGAGAAAAUCUAAAGAAUAUCUUGUUGUCUGUCUAUGGAAAUAAGGAGUUUGUGGACGAAGAUCUGGUGGAGAUUAUCAAGGGACCAGCUGAUGAUGAAGGCGCGCUCGAUGCUUUUGUAUCCAUUGUGACAGGUCCUCCAGGGCCAAAUCCAGUGCAGUUGAUCCCAAAUCUUACACUCCCUAUCCUUGUCUUAUGGGGUGAUCAAGAUCCAUUUACCCCAGUUGAUGGCCCUGUUGGUAAAUACUUCUCAUCCUUACCUUCUCAAAAACCAAAUGUGAGUCUGUUUCUUUUGGAAGGAGUCGGACAUUGUCCUCAUGAUGACCGACCUGAUCUUGUCCAUGAAAAGCUGCUUCCUUGGCUAAGCCAUUUGCCAGUGGUAGAAAACGUAGUUACAUGAUUAUCUUAAUCCUUCUGUGAAUGAGAUCAUAAGUGUAUGGUAUACUUAAUUUCAUUGAUCUUCAUGUACAGAGGAUAUUGAUUUGUAAAUCAUGUUACAAAAGAAUAUAUUUGUUUGAGCAAAUGUAUACAGAAGUUUGUGGAAUCUUGUUGUAGUUCACAUUGAUAGCUGUUCA